AUGCCUGCUGAUAUUAGGAACUUUUUUGGCGGGAAGUCCAGCCAAGGCUCCAACAGCUCUCCUGCGAAGCCUACGAAAUCGCCUGCGAAGAAAGAGGGCAAACCAACAACCACGUCGGAUUAUUUCGCCUCAAGCAAGAAGAAAGGACGGCCUGCUAAGAAUAGUACCGUCGCACCGGUCCAAGAAUCCGAGCCAUCCCCCGAUGCCCCCAAAAACAGUCGCAAGGCCGAGAAAUCCCCGGAAGUGAAGAAGCGAGCGGCGGUCGAAGAGUCUCCUAAGCGGAAACCUCGUCAAUCUACGCGGAAGUCUACAAAAGUACUGCAUGACGAUGAGCUUGGCGGCGAUGACAUUCACGCAGAAGAGUUCCGAAACCCAGGCAAGGGAGAUGACGACUACGUGGAAGCCGAGAAAAGCGAUGACGAUAGCGAUUUUGAGGAGCUUGCGGUGAGACCAGCUCAAGCGUCUUCGAACAGGUCGACACGCAAGAAACGAGCCGUUGAGGAAUCGGACGACGACGUGGUCAUGGAAGAUAUCGCACCAUCGACCAAAGCAUCCAAGUCGGCAGCAGCACGGCCUGGGCGGAAGCGAAAAUCCGAGGUCCUAAGUAAGGAUGAAGACAUCAAAACACCCAGUCCAGUGAAGAAGGCAGCUGCUCCCUCCAAAACAGCAUCCUCCACCCCCGCAGCCAAGAGGAAGAAGGCCUCUCCUUCAGACGACCGACCUGAGAGCAAAGAGAUCCAAGACAUCUUCGACAGCAUUCCGAUAGUCCGGCCCCCUUCGCCGCCGCCUCAGUCAGGGGAAAAGCCCAAGUUCAAUUUCGCCGCUCAGGCCCAGCGAUCCCGGGAUCCUGUGGACUCUGGAAGUUCUGAAAUGCCAGUUGGUGCAGAGAACUGCCUUGCGGGUUUGGCUUUCGUCUUCACUGGUGUCCUCAGCAACCUAGGCCGUGACGAAGGGCAGGCACUGGUCAAGAAGUAUGGUGGUAAAGUCACCGGGGCUCCUAGCUCCAAAACAAGCUAUGUUGUUUUAGGAGACGACGCAGGGCCCAAAAAACUUGCGACGAUUAAGCAGCAUAAUUUGAAGACAAUCAACGAAGAGGGAUUAUUCGAGCUCAUCCGACGGCUGCCAGCCAAUGGUGGAGAUGGCAAGGCGGCCGAGAAGUACGAAGCGAAGAUGAAGGUGGAGGAGGAUAAAAUCCGUGCCUUGGCUGCUGAGAUGGAAGAAGAAGAAAAGCGCAAGGCUAAAGCAGCCGCCGCCAAAUCAAGUACCGCUCAAACAAGUACCGCUCAUACAGCCGUCGCUAAAACCGAUGAUUUGCUAUGGACUACCAAGUAUGCACCAACAUCGAUGAACACGAUUUGCGGCAACAAGGGUGUUGUAGAAAAACUUCAGGUUUGGCUUCGCAAUUGGCGGAAGAAUGCCAAGUCAAAUUUCUCAAAGCCUGGGAAAGAUGGAUCUGGGACCUAUCGCUCUGUCAUGAUCCAUGGACCCCCUGGUAUUGGAAAGACAACUGCAGCUCAUCUAGUGGCAAAGCUUGAAGGGUUUGAUAUCGUUGAGACCAACGCCAGUGAUACAAGAAGUAAGAAGCUGGUCGAGACUGGCCUUCACGGUGUUUUGGACACGACGUCUCUGCAGGGCUAUUUCUCAGGCGCUGGUAAUAAGGUGGAAAGCACCAAGAAAAAUAUGGUGCUAAUCAUGGAUGAGGUCGAUGGAAUGUCUGCUGGAGAUCGCGGUGGCGUGGGUGCGCUGGCCUCCAUUGCUAAGAAAACACAGAUCCCGCUUAUUCUUAUCUGUAACGAGCGAAGGCUUCCGAAAAUGAAGCCCUUUGAUCAUGUUGCUUUUGAGCUCCCUUUCAGACGCCCGACAGCAGAACAAAUUAGGUCCAGACUUUCGACCAUCUGUUUUAGAGAGGGCCUCAAAAUUCCUCCGCUAGUUCUUGACAGUCUCAUUGAGGGAACACACGCCGACAUUCGACAGGUCAUCAACAUGCUUUCGACAGUGAAGCUAGACCAAAAGAAUCUCAACUACGAAAAAGGUCGUGAAAUGUCCAAGGCUUGGGAAAAACACGUUAUUCUGAAGCCCUGGGACAUCGUCUCGAAGAUUUUGAACGCACAGAUGUUCUCGCCCGGUUCAAAGUCUACGCUGAACGACAAGAUUGAACUUUAUUUCAACGACCACGAGUUCAGUUAUCUCAUGCUCCAGGAAAACUAUCUCAGGACCAAGCCUACUCUGGGCGGUGGUUAUCAAGGCAAGGAGCAAAAGCUGAAGCUGCUCGAAUUGGCGGACAAUGCGGCGACAAGUAUCAGUGACGGUGAUCUCGUUGACAAAAUGAUUCAUGGCUCACAACAGCAAUGGAGUCUGAUGCCAACACAUGCGGUCUUCAGUUUUGUCCGGCCUGCAAGUUUCUCGUAUGGCAACAUGAUGGAACGUCCUGGUUUCACUAGCUGGCUAGGACAGAACAGCAAACAAGGAAAACUCUGGCGACAGAUCAAAGAAAUCCAGGGCCAUAUGCGUCUCCGUUCUUCUGCAGACCGCGAUGAAAUUAGGCAGCAAUACCUACCUCUUAUCUGGGAUAAACUGGUCCGCCGGUUAAUGGUCGAGGGCAAGGACAGUGUGGACGAUGUCAUCGACUUUAUGGACAGCUACUUCCUUACCCGCGAGGAUUGGGAUGCCCUCAUCGAGCUUGGGCUUGGUCCAAUGGACGAGUCAAAGGUCAAGCUGGAAACUCAAACAAAAGCCACGUUCACACGACUCUACAACCAGCGCUCGCAUCCCCUUCCUUUCAUCAAGGCUAGCAAUGUUGUUGCUCCGAAGAAGAUGCCGAAGGAGAAACCUGACAUAGAAGAUGCCAUUGAAGAGUCCGACGAAGAAAUAGUGGAGGAGGAAACUAAAGAGGAUGACGAAAGUGAAGAACUUGACUUGAAAAAAGACAAGUAUGUCCGAGUACCCAAGAAAACCGCAAAGGGCGGUGCUGGAAAGGGGAAGAAGGCAAAGAAAACCAAUGAUGACUCCAUCGACGACGAAGAGAAACCGAAAAAGGGCAAGGGCCGAAAACCCAAGGCUAAAGCCACUUGA